AUGGCUCUGCUGAGUGCCUCGCCGGGCGGCCUCGCACAUCUCCUGGGUAUCUGCGAGAAAUACGCAGCUUCCCAUGGGCUGUUAUAUAAUACGACGAAGAGCGAAUGCAUGGUCUUCGGGGCUGGUUGUGGCUAUGCGAAUAAUAUACCACCUUUUAAACUGAAUGGUUCCGUCUUGAAACGAGUCCAGCAGUUUAAAUACCUCGGUCACAUAAUCACGUCUGGCCUGGGGGACGAUGCCGAUAUUGAAAGGGAGCGGCGUGCGCUGGCAGUCCGAGCCAACAUGAUCGCGCGGCGGUUCGCGCGUUGCACCCGCCAGGUGAAGAUCACGCUGUUCAGGGCGUACUGCACGUCCCUGUACUCGUGCGCGCUGUGGGCGAGCUACACGCAGCGCCGGUACAGCGCGCUGCGGGUGCAGUACAACGACGCGCUGCGGGCGCUGCUGGGGCGGCCCCGCUGGUGCAGCGCGUCCGGCAUGUUCGCGGAGGCGCGGGUGGACUGUUUCCACGCCACCAUGCGCAAGAGAGCCUCCUCGUUGUUGUGCCGAGUGCGCGGCAGCACCAACACCGUCCUGAGCAUGAUCGCGAGUAGGCUGGACUUCCUGUACAUGCGACACUGUUCCAGCCUGCACGCUCCAAUGAUAAGAAUUGAAUGA